AUGGAGCGGUCUGGCAGACUAUUGGAUGUAUCACAAGACCUUCCGGGCUCUGAAAGCCACCGACCAAGCUCAGCUUCGUCCACGUCGGAUACCUCGUCCAGCGGAUCCACGGUAUCUGAUUCAUCAUCAGUUGAUAGCUUCGAGACCCCCACAAGUUUAUGGGCGAAGCUGACUGCAGCCGCCGCGGUUGAGCUGGACUUUAGCGACGUUCUCGCUGCAGCAAAUUAUUAUAGAAUCCCCUCAGAGUCGAGUGACGCGAUUGGCGUUGGCAAUUAUCUCCUCCGUGAUGUUAUCAGUGUUGGUACAGGUCUCACUGCAAGGGUCAUACAGCACGAUACUGGCGUAGCAGCGCCUAAAGGAGUACCAAAAAACACAAUCGUGGCACUCAAAGUCUUCAGCAAUGUCGAUCGUGGGCCACAGGCACGCCAAGACGUGUACCGUUCCAUUCUUCGUGAGAUGGAUGCUUUCUGCGACCCGAGACUCCGAAGGCAUCCCAACAUCGUGCAGCUGCUGUUCGUUUCCUGGCACCCCAGCGAGCAAUACCCGAUGCUGGCGAUGGAGCUUGGUGCAUAUGGAUCGCUCGAACACAUUCUCUGCUCUCCUGAUGCUGUUCAACCGUCGCAGAUUCAGAAGCGCCACAUGACUAUGGACAUGGCCCUAGGACUCCAGGCGAUCCACGGAGCUGAAAUGGUACACGGCGACAUCAAGCCAGCCAACAUGAUUGUAUUUGAGCACAGUUGUCCCGAUCGGGGAUUGAUUGUCAAAUUGACCGAUUUUGGGGGUUCUGGUAUGGUGUUUGGCGCUCAACCUGCGCAUUUCACGCCGCUCUGGUGUGCGCCGGAGGUCUUGAACAGAGAUGCUAAUGUAGACUGGGAAAAGGCCGAUGUCUACUCUCUGGGACUGGUCAUGGCUAGCUUGUGGGACCGUCAAAUAGGCCAAGACCCUUUUCUGCUACCCGAAGGAACCUCAAACUCGAGCAUUCUCCACAACUGCUUGCCGAAACCCACCGAAUCUUUCGAAGACGAGCUGGAAAUCAUGACUCGGCUGAAGCAUAUUUCUGCCACUGAAGAUGGAAGUGUUGGAGGCUUGCUUAUGCGCAGACUUGAGCUUCUCAGGGACGAGUUAGGUGACAAUUUCGAGCUCUUGGUCGAGACUCUGCUUCUCGCGACACAUAUCUGUUCUCAAGCCCGGCCGGACGUGGACGAGCUUGUUGUUCUCCUCGCUCCACUCAUUACUUCGCUUGAACGAAAUACAGGGCAGCAGGAAGUUACUGGUGUCCUAUCGCAUCUAGCUCACGAUGGUGAAAUCGAGAAGUAUCGGCCAAGUCCCUGGCCAAAACUAAGCAUGGAAGAUAUUUACACGAAAUCAAACAACUUUAAAGCAACCAUGUAUCAGCAGACGGCGCAGCAAGUCAAGGAUAUCGAGGCGUCGGGCCAGUCAGACCUUUGCUUGGGCGAGGUCCCGUCCGAGAUUCCAGACGACAUGUUGGAAGCGCCGUCAACACACGCGUUCCUCGAUAUGCUCCUUGAUGCAGUAGAGUUUGACUCACUGACAUCGGAAGGUGCCCGAAAACUGCUGCUUUUCCUCCGCAAAGGAGCCUAUCACCAUUAUCUAGGCUACUGCCAGACGGAGGGAAACGGCGAUAUGAGAGACACUGUCCAUGGCCUUGAACACUUAGCCACAGCAGGCAUACACGGCUCGGCAAUUGGUAUCCUGUACAGUCUGUUCGUUCUUGAUGAUAAGGGCCACACGAGUGGCGGCGUAGGCACAAAUCGAGAAUUCUCGACGCGACUGUACCUCAUUUUGUCGGCAUUGGCCGGCUCGCGCUUGGCACUGGAGCGACUAUCAACCGAAUGGCCACAGCAUUUUGCCAUGGUCCGCCGAGCAAUGAGGGAGCGGCCAGAAGCUUACAGGAAGGCGCGAGAACAAGAGGUCUCGCUUCUGUCUGCGCAGGUGAUUGUCGAAGCAUAUUGCUACGAUGAGAACCCGCUCGCUGCAGUGAACUUUACACUGCAGGACGCGCUUGAAAUUGGUGCCAUCAACGAGGUACAACAGCUGUUGUGUGGCGAGAGUGGAAAGACACCCGAGGCUGCCAACCUUCACGAGGGACUACUCCAUGGGUUCAAAGGCUUGACUGAUAGCGAGGCUUCAAGUCUUCUUCACGUCGCAUGUGAGGCAGGAGCAAGACUGGACAGUAUAUCGGGCUUGCGGGAUCCCUUUUGGGCCCAAAUGCUGGAGGGCAUCAUCGACUAUGUUACACCACUUGCAGCAGCGAUUGUCUAUGGGCAGAUAGAACUGGCGACAGGAAUACUGAGUCUGCACAUCGAGCGAGACGAACCAAUCCGCUUGUUUCCGGCAACGCUUUUUCUUGCAUAUUCAUUUCUUCAGCAUGAGCUGGGAGACAUGCUACUCCAGAUACUCAAAGAGAACCCAGGUUUGUGCGGCGACCUCGACUCAUUACCGGUUUCCGGACUUGGAGCUUCCAAUUCCUGGCGCCGGCCGACUGCCGAGUGGGAUUUCGAUAGGGUGAUGACUAUGGCGCUCGUGUCCGUGUCUACGGCACAGAUGCAUGUACGCUCCAAGCUCCAGCUUGGCUUGUCUUGGCAAGAAGCUUAUGAAGCCACAUUGCAGUCUCUCGUGUCCGAGGGGGCAAAUCCUGUUGGCGGAGGCGAGUGCUGUACACCAUUAGGAUCUGCUCUGAUGGCCGACGACGUUGCCGCGCUUAGGCUCUUCACACAUGCAAUCUUGGCCAACACAGGUCAUGAAGGCCUGCGCGAAAGCCUGGAGAACCCCUGCGCUAUUAAUGGAAUUAACGAUCCGGAAUUGUUCCUCGGCGGACACUCGUGGGGCCAUGCCUUUUCGGCCCUGUCUCUAUGCCUGCGGCACGGCUCGCUCCGAUGCUUCGAGUUCAUCUUAGAACACUGUCCCCUUGCACCCGCAACACAGAAUAGUGACUUCUUGGGCUUGAGUCUGAUGCACCGAGCCAGUGGUCGCGAACAGUCCAUGCUACCCGACUUCUAUGAGUCAGGCAUGCCAAGCUUCUUGACACUUGUAUCACGAGCUGGACCGAGAUUGCCUGACAUACGAUUCCUCAAGCUACUGCUAAAGCACCGCCCAGAGCCGCUCGCGGUUGACGAACGGGGAAUAUCAGUAGUGGCAUGGGCUCUUGGCCAUGGCAACAUAGCAGCAGCCAACCUGAUACUGUUAGCAUGCUCAGAAGAACAGAGGAUCGAGUUGUUAGGAAGAAAUCCUAAUACGGGCACCUCCGUCUUCUGGCAGCUUCUCUGUGCAGAUUCAAGUCGCGCCUGGCCAGGCGGCCAGAGACAGCAAGCCUUGGUUGCUUCCUUGCAAUGGCUUAAUCAGCACCAAGCUUUGCACUUGUAUGGUGAGUUUGCUAGCAGAGGGAACAGCACGGACCUCGCCUGGUUUGUCCUUCUCAAGGGCGGGCCACGGCUUAGUAGAGUGGACCAACUUCUAGAUGCCGCCAUCGUGGAUUAUCUUUUAGACAACGCAGCCUUUGCUGACAUUAUUAACGCUCACAAUCAUGAGGGACUCACUAUGCUGCACAGGGCAGUUAUGCAGACCAAUGUAGAGGUUGUUCGCGUCUUACUUUCACGAGGUGCUCAAGUCAACUCGCCGCUGGGGCUACCAACGCAGCGUGACUGGUUACCAAAGCCUGGAACACUUUCGUCGGCCGUCUUCGCCAUGUUGUCGACACCACUAGAUCUGAGCUGUAUGCAUAUGAGUGGCGCCGCCCUCACAGAUGAAAUGGAGACCUGGAGCAGCUCAGAUAUAUCACGAUGGAGAGCAGACGUCGUUGAGAUCACAAGAUUGCUUGUCAGCCACGGCGGCAACGGCUUGUUCUUCAGCCGUACUCAGAGAUACGCACGUCUUGUUUCUUCUAGCAGUGCAGAACAAUCCUUUGAGCCCAGAUUCAAGCCUAACUUCUGUGCUUGGCCACAACAGCUACCGCUAAACCAAGACUCCGGGGUAAGCCCUCAUAUUCCCCAACGCGCGUAUACCACUUCACCUUUCUACGGCAACCUACUGAGCGCAGCCCCAGAUCUCAAUGCGGGGAACACACAAGGCUCUGUCGUUGAUAUAAAGGGCAAAGGACCUGCUAAGAACCACACAUGUCAGUCUCUGCCAGUCUGUAACCAAUCGCUGCUGGACAACGACGGCCACGGCAACACUCAGCUUCAUACCGCUGCGCAGGGCGGAAGCAUAGCAAUUCUUCGGGCGGUACUAGAGAAGGCGAAACCAAAUAUUGCAGUAGAGAUUAAUCGAGAAAACCACGAUGGGCUAUCGCCGCUAGACCUCGUCUUGGCACCAUACAGGUCCACAACGCCACCACACAUAUCAACUUCAGAAAGCUCGCUUAUACUACGUAGCGAUACCAUCGAGGAUCUUGCUACAAGAACACGGCUACUCCUCACUGCCGGGGCCGACCCAAACCGCUCUUCGACGGGGUUCUCGCCGCCUCCACUACACGAAUGCCUCCGGUCACAUGGUGACUGUGUUCUGCUGGUCGAGAUAUUAUUAGAAGCAGGGGCGGACGUGAAUUUAGGCGAUAUCUAG